CGGAAGGCACGCUGCGCGUUGACGUCACGGCGCUCUCUCGCGUUGCGAGCAGGAUAGGGCCGUGCGGGCCGCCGUACGGCAGAGGCGGAAGUGGGGCUCCGGGAGGAUGGGGGCCGCCGUGUUUUUCGGAUGUACCUUUGUGGCCUUCGGGCCGGCCCUGUCCCUCUUCAUCCUCACCAUAGCCGGGGACCCGCUCAGAGUCAUCAUCCUGGUAGCCGGGUGAGUACGGGGAGACAGCCAGGGGACACCAUAACCACUGCGGGGACACCAUAACCACUGCGGGGACACCAUAACCAUAACCACUGCGGGGACACCAUAACCAUAACCACUGCGGGGACACCAUAACCAUAACCACUGCGGGGACACCAUAACCACUGCGGGGACACCAUAACCACUGCGGGGACACCAUAACCACUGUGUGACUACCAUAACCACUGCGGUGACACACACCAUAACCACUGCGGGAGCACACACCAUAACCACUGUGUGACCACACAGCCAUAACCACUGCGGGGACACCAUAACCACUGUGGGGACACCAUAACCAUAACCACUGCGGGACCACACACCAUAACCACUGCGGGACCACACCAUAACCACUGCGGGACCACACCAUAACCACUGCGGGGACACCAUAACCACCAUAACCACUGCGGGGAUACCAUAACCACUGUGUGACCACACACCAUAACCACUGUGUGACCACACACCAUAACCACUGUGUGACCGCCCACCAUAACCACUGUGUGACCGCCCACCAUAACCACUGUGUGACCACCAUAACCACUGUGUGACCACACACCAUAACCACUGUGUGACCACACACCAUAACCACUGCGGGGACACCAUAACCACUGUGUGACCACACACCAUAACCGCUGCGGGGACACCAUAACCACUGUGUGACCGCCCACCAUAACCACUGCGGGGACACCAUAACUACUGCGGGGCCACACUAUCCACCAUAACCACUACGUGACUAUCCACCAUAACCACUGCGGGAACACCAUAACUACUGCGGGGCCACACUAUCCACCAUAACCACUGCGGGACCACACCAUAACCACUGCGGGAACACACUGACCACCAUAACCACUGCGGGACCAUACUACCCACCAUAACCACUGUGUGACCAUACUACCCACCAUAACCACUGUGUGACCAAACUACCCACCAUAACCACUGUGUGACCAUACUACCCACCAUAACCACUGCGGGACCAUACUACCCACCAUAACCACUGCGGAACCAUACUACCCACCAUAACCACUGUGUGACCAUACUAACCACUGUGUGGCCACCAUAUAAAUGCUUCUCUACGAGGUGCUUCAGCGUCUCCAUCCAGAGGGUGGAGACUGAAUGUAGGUGCUGCAUCUUUGUAUCUUAAAAUUAAACGUUGUUUACUUAAAGGACCACUCUAGGCACCCAGACCACUUCAGCUUAAUGAAGUGGUCUGGGUGCCAGGUCCUUCUAGGGUUAACCCAUUUUUUUAUAAACAUAGCAGUUUCAGAGAAACUGCUAUGUUUAUGAAUGGGUUAAGCCUUCCCCUAAUCCUCUAGUGGCUGUCUCAUUGACAGCCACUAGAGGCGCUUGCGUGCUUCUCACUGUGAUUUUCACAGUGAGAGCACGCAAGCGUCCAUAGGAAAGCAUUGUAAAUGCUUUCCUAUGCGACGGGCUGAAUGCGCGCGCAGCUCUUGCCGCGCGUGCGCAUUCAGCCCAGGAGGAGGAGAAGAGGAGGAUCGGAGGAGGAGAGCUCUCCGCCCAGCGCUGGAAAAAGGUAAGUUUUAACCCCUUCCAGAGCCGGGCGGGAGGGGGUCCCUGAGGGUGGGGGCACCCUCAGGGCACUAUAGUGCCAGGAAAACGAGUAUGUUUUCCUGGCACUAUAGUGGUCCUUUAAAAAAAAAAAAAAAAAAACUGGCUCCUGGAUUCCAAGCAAAUUUGUCAAGCCCUGGUGUUAAAGGACCACUCUAGGCACCCAGACCACUUCAGCUUAAUGAAGUGGUCUGGGUGCCAGGUCCAGCUAGGGUUAACCCAUUGUUUUAUAAACGUAGCAGUUUCAGAGAAACUGCUAUGUUUAUCAAUGGGUUAAGCAUUCCCCCAUUCCCUCUAGUGGCUGUCUCACUGACAGCUGCUAGAGGCGCUUGCGUGAUUCUCACUGUGAAAAUCACAGUGAGAAGACGCAAGCGUCCAUAGGAAAGCAUUAUGAAUGCUUUCCUGUGCGACCGGCUGAAUGCGCACACAGCCGACGGGGCGGAGAGGAGGAGGAGAGCUCCCCGCCCAGCAUUGGAAAAAGGUAUGUUUUAACCCUUUUCCCCUUUCCAGAGCCGGGCGGGAGGGGGACCCUGAGGGUGGGGGCACCCUCAGGGCACUAUAGUGCCAGGAAAACGAGUAUGUUUUCCUGGCACUAUAGUGGUCCUUUAAUGAUAUACCCUACAAGGAACUUGGUAAAGAAAACAAAGUGCUGUUUAGGCAAUGUUUCAGUUUGUGACUGUUUUAUUUCGAAACAUUUUGGUAAGUUUGUUGUAUUUGUUUAUUAUACAUAGACUGCUAUGAGGAUUACAUUUGCUCUUGAGAAAGGCCCAUGGAGGGGCCGGCACGUUAACCGUGUGAUGGAAUAUUCAAGGUUUGAGGUUUUGCAUAAAGUCCUAACAGUACAAUAGGUUUUUAUGAAUGUGUGUGUGUGUCACUAUCGGCUCUCUCGUGCCAUAGUGCUGGACAUAUACAGGGCAACGCUGUGACCAGAAGGCUCGAUCUAAACACCCUGACCUCUCCCACUAAAGGAAGUAGCGGGUAUAGGUCAUGUGUUUUGUCAAACCUCUUGGUGGAGCUUUAAUAAUAAAAAAAAAAAAGUGUCCCCAGCCCUAUAUUCUGCCCACUCUUCUUCCUCAUUGAUCUUCUGAAAUGUAAACUUCUGCAUUAUGUUGGUUCUGUUCGACCUGGAUGGCAGUGAAAGGUCGAGAGAUAACCCACCCCUGUGCGUUCUUUCAGCCAAUCAUCUGUGUCCAGGUUGGAUGAAAUCGAUACUAGUAAUGCAGAGGUUUAAAUUCUGCCUUGUCAAUACAGUUGGAGAAGGGGCGGUCUGUUGGUCCCAGUGAGCACCUAAAAUUUUGUAAAUCCACUCUGUUUAACAGAAGAAAAAAAAGUGUCUGGGCCAUCUCCGCACUAUUACUACUGAACUGAAGUGGUCAUGGUGUUUAGAGUGCCCAACGAAAGUUAUUGAUAUUUGAAUAUUAUUGAAUAUUCUUAUUCUUCCAUGUACCAUGCAUGAUUAUAUUCCUUAAUACUUCCACAAUCUGUCUUUUCAGUAUUAUACAAUGUUACACUCAUGAUAUUCCUGUUAAGUUGUAUGUUUCUGAUUAUAUUCCCUCUUUUCGUGUUUUUUAUUUUGCCUAGGUCCUUUUUCUGGCUGGUGUCGGUCCUAUUAUCCUCCUUGAUCUGGUUCAUUUCUGUCCAGGUCAGUAACAAGAAUGAUUCCAAUCUUCAGUAUGGCUUGUUAAUAUUUGGAGCAGCUAUAUCCGUUCUGCUACAGGAGUCCUUCAGAUACGCCUAUUACCGGUUACUCAAGUAAGUACUUGUAUUUUCAGUAAUCUGGAUUUUUUUAGGGAGCUUUUUAUUACCAGCUUUUUAAGUCAGGCAUUAAAUGGGUAAUUUGGGCUACAGAUUGAUUUUUUUCCAGGGGGUAAAACGGAAAAUAGUCUCAGGACAUUUGUCCAUUUUGCUUACUGUCAGUUGUAUACAUGUAGAGGAAAAUGGCAAAUAGCAUUUCUACCUAAAACAGAUUUCCCAGCUGUCAGACUGAUUUUUGAUCCACAGUAUGCUGUAAGGAUCCGUCAGGCUGACAUGGAUUUUUUUAGUAUAUUUUAAAGAGUUAUCAGGAUGAUUUAGAUCCAGCGGUGUGUAAUAAAGAGCAGUCAGGAUGAUUUAGAUCCAGCGGUGUGUAAUAAAGAGCUAUCAGGAUGAUUUAGAUCCAGCGGUGUGUAAUAAAGAGCUAUCAGGAUGAUUUAGAUCCAGCGGUGUGUAAUAAAGAGCUAUCAGGAGGAUUUAGAUCCAGCGGUGUGUAAUAAAGAGCUAUCAGGAUGAUUUAGAUCCAGCGGUGUGUAAUAAAGAGCAGUCAGGAUGAUUUAGAUCCAGCGGUGUGUAAUAAAGAGCUAUCAGGGUGAUUUAUAUCCAGCGGUGUGUUAGAGCUGUCAGGAUGAUUUAGAUCCAGCGGUGUGUUAGAGCUGUCAGGAUGAUUUAGAUCCAGCGGUGGGUUAUAAAGAGCUGUCAGGGAGAUUUAGAUCCAGCGGUGUGUAAUAAAGAGCUAUCGGGAUGAUUUAGAUCCAGCCGUGGGUUAUAAAGAGCUGUCAGGAUGAUUUAGAUCCAGCAGUGUCUUAUAAAGAGCAGUCAGGAUGAUUUAGAUCUAGCGGUGGGUUAUAAAGAGCUGUCGGGAUGAUUUAGAUCCAGCUGUGGGUUAUAAAGAGCUGUCAGGAUGAUUUAGAUCCAGCUGUGGGUUAUAAAGAGCUGUCAGGGUGAUUUAGAUCCAGCGGUGGGUUAUAAAGAGCUGUCGGGAUGAUUUAGAUCUAGCGGUGGGUUAUAAAGAGCUGUCGGGGUGAUUUAGAUCCAGUGGUGGGUUAUAAAGAGCUGUCGGGGUGAUUUAGAUCCAGUGGUGGGUUAUAAAGAGCUGCCGGGGUGAUUUAGAUCCAGUGGUGGGUUAUAAAGAGUUGUCAGGGUGAUUUAGAUCCAGCGGUGGGUUAUAAAGAGCAGUCAGGAUGAUUUAGAUCCAGCGGUGGGUUAUAAAGAGCUGUCAGGGUGAUUUAGAUCCAGCGAUGUGUAAUAAAGAGCUGGACCUGUCAGCAUGAUUUAGAUCCACCGGUGUGUAAUAAAGACCUGUCAGCAUGAUUUAGAUCCAGCGGUGUGUUAUAGAGAGCUUUCAGGGUGAUUUAGAUCCAGCGGUGGGUUAUAAAGAGCUGUCAGGGUGGUUUAGAUUCAGCAGUGUCAGGCUGACUUGGGCCUUGUUUAUUAAGUUUAGACAUGUAUCAAUAUCCCCUGGCUGUGAAGAGUUAACAUUACACACUAUGACUGGAAGCUGGUCACCUGACUGUUAGCUGGUCACAUGAAGAGUGAUUCAUGCUGGGGAUGUCGGACACUAUAGCCUGACUCUGCUUUAUAGAGUCAAUACAUGAAACCUCAUUUACAAUAAAUAAUACAAAAUUGUGCAGACUAAAAAUAUCCUGAAUAUGAAGCUGUUACGAUUAAGGGAUAAAUCAUUGCAUUCUAUCAGACAAAUAGGGCAAUGGAUGGGGGUGGGGGCAAUAUCAGUGUCACCGAUAUGUGUGCGUGCCAUUAUUGUCACGGUUUAUUAUCUCUCUUGGGUUGUUUUGUUUUUCUCUUUUGAGCCCUAAACAUUAUUUUGAAUGUCCGCCAUUUUUUGUGUAACGCAAUAGAUUUCUCACUCUUUCUGUCACUGUUCCCAACAUAAAACGAUUUUGUAUCACUUCUCUUAUUUCAGCCAGACUAAAUUUGUCUGUUUUCUGAAUUUGAAAUCUCUGCAAAAGCUCACAGAAUUUACUACGAAGAAAGCCCUCACUUUAAGAACUCUUUAAUAAAUCCAAUAAAAAUAACGGUCACGUUUUAACAGACCGAUCUCCCCUGGUUUAUUAUUGUGUAGCGAUAUAGCAUUAGCCGUUUAUAAUGUUUUUGUUGGCUUGCCUCUUUUAUAGAAGGGUUAUGCAGUGCUUCAAACAGGAAGAGAUACCCAUAAAAUAAAUAAAUACAUAUUGUCAUCGAAAUGUACAGCACUGCAUAAUCUGGUACUUCGUACGUGAAAUGUGACAGCAGGGAAGGCAUGUAAAGUGUGUAAUGUUCCGUAUGGGUUUUAUAGAUCAGUAAUUUGAUCUAUUCCUUUCUGCUCACAUGUACUGCGUGUCUGAGCGAAAUCGGACUCCAUAAACCAUUGUCAUUUCUCCUUCUCUUCCUCUUUCAGGAAAGCCGAUGAAGGUCUGGCUACUAUCAGUGAAGAUGGCAGGUCUCCAAUCUCCAUCCAGCAGAUGGCGUACGGUGAGUAUAUUUUAUUUCUUUUCAGCCUGCAAUGACCUCCAGAGAGUCUAUGGUUCUGGUUAUUUUACAUUCCUUCUAUUGCACAUUACAAGGAUUGGUCUUUGUACAUGGUGAUUAAUGAACCUAAUUAAAGGGACACUAUAGGCAUCAAAACAACCUUAGCUUAAUGAAGCAGAUUUGCUUAAACAGAGCAGGAGAUAAAAUAAAUAAAUUCAAAAUUAAAUAGACUGUGUAUUAAAGGAAGUGUAAACAUUAGAUCUGUUUUUAAGGCUGUGUAAAUUACAUGAAGGUGUGACUAGUGCUGCGUAAACAAAGUGAUUUUUCUCAUAAAUGGCAGAGAAUUAAGCAGUGAGAUUGCAAUGGCAUGAUUUGUAAAUCAAAAUUGCCUCAUUAAGCUAAAGUAGUUUUGGUGCCAAUUUUAUCCCUUUAAACGUAGAAUUCAGUGUAAUCAUGUGAGCUGCGCAGUAACAUAGUAUAAGGUUAGGAAGGACUAUUAUUCUACCUUGUUACUUGGCAUUUUCUUAGUAUGUUGUGUUUAUUUCUUUUUUUUUCUAAUCUAUUGUCUCCAUAUUAGACAAACAUUUAUUGAAUUAUUAAAUUACACCCCCUUUACUCUGUCUUCAAGGUCCAACGCCUUAAUGCAGCUUUGGAGGAGUUUAUUUUCUAAGCACUGGGCUGUUGCUACUGACUUAGAUCAUUAGCACUCUGGCAGCUUCUCGUAUACUAUGAGCUGUAUGAUGGCUCUCUGCCAAACCCCCCCUACUGCUCGCUGUAAGUAGUGAAUUCUGCAGAAUCUACAACUCUCCAUGGAUGAACUUGGUGUUAUCCAUUGGUGGAUCAUACUAAGUUAGAGACCUACCUUUAAGAAAACGAAUGCUCAUUCCAUAGGUUAAGGUGCAAGGGAUUUGACACCGUGACUUUUGCUGCAAUUUAUAUCCAUAUUAAAUCAGCUCUGUGCCGUGUGUCUUCCGCCCCUCCAAAAAUAAAAAAAACCUUUAUGAAAUACUCACAUUGACUGGGUUGGAAUGUAACUUAAAAUCCAUCGCAGUGACAAGAUACAAUAAGACAAAGUAAGGACUUUUCUUGUGCCUGAUAAAACUCGGCAAAUAUGGAGCAACCGGCAUGAGGGAAAAGUCAUUGACUGCGGUCUCAUAGGAUCUUCCGUAGACAUCAGUGUGGCACAGUGGCGAUGGUGGAUCGAGAGAAUCCUGCGCUUGGCCUCAUUCACAAUUAUGAAUGUGGAUGUGUGUAGUCUGGUAAUGGUUGUGGUAAGGCUUCCCAUUCAUGAUAUGUAACGAAUGGUACAGCUUGCUGUUGGCUGGAGAGUGGUCUGUGGGCUGCAAUCGGACCAGAAGACCGGAAUAUGAGACUUCUUAUUCCUGGUCUGGAUGGGGCUCUUAGCUGCUGCAAAUAAAAAAUUGUAAAAAAAAGAUAUAAUAAAAGAGCUGAUUCUUUACAUGUCUUCCUUUCCCGAACAGUGUCUGGAUUCUCUUUUGGAAUAAUUAGCGGAGUAUUUUCCGUCAUCAAUAUCCUGGCAGACGCGGUGGGACCCGGGAUAGUGGGGGUGCAUGGAGACUCCCAGUAUUACUUUCUUACAUCAGGUAAUAUCUCUGUGUGUUCUAGUCGAUUGCUUUGUAAAUUGCCCCAGUAAUAAUAGUAAUGACUCUAAUGCACACAUGGUACACGUUAGGGCAGAGUGCCAUAGAAGUAUAAUUUUGCCCUAUUUAGGCGAAAUAGAGAAGUGCAGAUGGUUUGGAAAAACGUUAGUCGGUUUAUUGUACGUUUUUAAAAUGUGGUUUUCAGUUUACUGUUUAGUGAAUAAAUCUCUCAGAAAAUAAUCAACAUUGGAUUAAGUAAAUUAAUGUCCUGUUCUGUGUCCUAACUGGUUUUAAAGUAAAUGCAUUUAAGGAGAGGCUUAUUGAACAUGGUCUUACUUCUGCUACAGCCCGCUGCCCACUGUGUGCUGUGGUUUGGGCUAUUAGUGCUUUAUGGAGCUAAUGCUAUAUAAAUAAUAAUAAUAAUGUACUCUUGUACUUCCUCCAUGUCGGGGGGUGGGAAGGGUGAUGCUUUGUCCCAGUGUGUUAUUUAUCUGAUUGUCAUCUUGUCUCUUACCCAGCAUUCCUCACAAUGGCCAUCGUGUUCCUGCACACCUUCUGGGGGAUAGUGUUCUUUGCAGCUUGUGAGAAAAAGCAGCUGUGGCACAUUGCUGGAGUGGUCCUCUGCCACUUGGUCACCUCUGGGUUGGUGAGUAUCCUGAAUUGGUGUCUUCACUACAACUGUAAUGUCUUAAUAGCACCAUAACCACCACUUUACAAGGGUGUGUCUCCAUCUUGGUUUACUUUGCAUGGUUUUAGUUAAUGCUCUACCAUGUGACCUGCCUAGAUGCCCACAGCUGGCAGUGCCAUUACUCCACGUGGCAGAAACUGCCUUUUCCAAAUCCUCUUUACUGUGCGUUUGGAGUGUGAGAUCGUACUGCCCAGCACCCAAUCAAUUUGUACCUUUUUAAGGCAGCGAUCACUGACCCCUGGCAUUCUGACAGGUGCUAAUUGGAUUUCCCAUGAUGUUAGACAGUCCACAGCAGCUGGAGUGACAAUCCAUAGCCGUCAGUGGGGCAGCCUGCAGAAGAGAUGCAAGCGAAGAAUGCUAUCAAUUGUAGACUGCUCAGAUCUUACUUUAUUUAUCGAUAUCCCUUAACUUAUCAGCUCUUCAGAAUAUCCUCCAUCACUAGAUGCCUAGAUUAAUUUUUAAAUCGAUAUUAUGGUUGAUUUGAAGUCUACUUUGUUACUUAAAAUUUCUCAAUUAACAGAGUAUCCACUAGGUGGUACUGUUGGGUUUUAGAACAAUGCAAACUCUGCUGUAAUAACUACUGGCUGGAUCCCAUCUUCAGAGAUGUAUGUGUAGACCUCCUGCGGGCUGUUUAUCUCUUCAUAUAUCAAAGCAGUAAAUAGCAAACCUUGUUUAUACAUCAUGUAAUCCUUCUUAACCCCUGUGUAGUGAAUUCUGUGGAAUCUACAGCUCUCCAUGGAUGGAACUUGGUGUUAUCCAUCAGUGGAUCAUACCAAGUUACAGGUUAAGUGUUUCGUAGCAUUCUGUACAUUGCACAGGGGGAAUACACACUAUCCUUCAUAUAUUGACUAUGCAUUCUGUUUAAUCUUCUGAUCUAUUUAGGCAAUAUUUGCCAAUAAUUUGAUAGAUUUAGGUUCAUGUCCCACUAGCACUAACUGCAGUACCUGUUUCAUCAUUUCAUCCUCCAGACUUUCCUGAACCCUUGGUAUGAGGCCAGUCUGAUCCCAAUCUAUAUCCUCACCUUAUUAAUGGGGAUGUGGGCAUUCGUGGCUGCCGGGGGCACCCAUCACAACAUCCGCAAAUGCCUAUCAUGUAAGUAGAAAUCCCCACCUCGUGUAACGCAAACAUUAUUCCAACAUUGCUAGAAUACUGUCAAUUCAGUUCUAGAAAAAUCUAAUAAAUUGUAGAAAGUCUAGCUGAUUUGUGUAUUUUUGUUCUAUUUUUUUUUUUUUCUGUUAUUUAAAGGAAGAGUCACAAAUGUAAUACAUUCAAUAACCAAGGGUGACUAUGUCAGUUUGCUACAGUCAGGCUUAUGAAUUAUGACCAUGAUGUUUGUAGCUUAAUAUAACAAUUGUACACUUAAUGGAACACUAUAGAGUCAGGAUCAUGACCUUUUAGUGUUAAAAAAAAUUAUCUAGCCUCCUCCUCCUAAAUGUAUAAUAAAAAUCCAUGCAGAGACACUGAAUGAAUGUCACACUGUGCAACACUUCUCCAGGACGCACCCCUAGUAGCAAUUUGAGGAGUGGCCAGUGGCGGUAUCCCUAGGCUGUAAUUUAAACACUGCAUUUUCUCUGAAAAGACAGUAUUGGUAUUAAAAAUCCUGGACAGGCUGUAGACACCAGAACUACAUUAAGCUGUAAUUGUUUUGGUGACUAUAGUGUCCCUUUUAUAGGAAUACUUCAAGAACCAUAACCACUGCAGUGUGCUCCUAAGAUAAGCCUUGCAGUGCAGAGCUAUCGCAUUGGAUGAAAGAUUCAGCUGAUUGCUCUAAGCCAAUGAAAUAUGCCCUGCUUAGUGAAUGAGGGGGGCAGGACCUCAGCUAAGAAGUCAAACUGUUCUAAAAUGGCUUGACACCUUACAAAGCGGGUGCCUUCAGGGUACUCUUGGCACCAUAACUGCCACAGCCAGCCAUAGUGGGUAUGGUGCUAGGAACAUUCCUUUUAAUAGAAAUUGCUUGGUUGGGCAGUAGGAGCAGCUAUGUUAAGUAUUCUGUCUGUGAUUUCUUUUUAAUAGAGGCCAUUAAUUUAUGUCAGCCUUGGAUGUAGAAGGAAUGGAGCUAGCUAAUUAUUCAGAAAAAUUCCAAUAAAACCCAAAGCAUGCCAGCAGUAGAUAGUUUUAGUAAAUGUUCUUAUCCGUGUUGUGUAGUGGGUAGCUACAAUAUCAUCUUUUACAGACUUGGAAAUUGGCAAAAUUAGGCUAAAAUAGCUGAUCUUUGAUUAUAGCAUUGGAGAUUUUUUCUCAAUCAACUGUUUUAGUCUGACUCUUUUGCAGUUCAGAUUUCAGCUUGGAUUCAGUUAGUUUGGUGAUUAGUGAAAGGUUCAUCCUUGGAUAAUAACCAGACUACCUGACGUAGAUCGAAAGGGAUUUCUACCAGUUAAUAAACAGGCAAUAGUUUCCAUGGCAGUGUCUGUUUAACCCUUUAAGGACACAACUUCUGGAAUAAAAGGGAAUCAUGACGGAAUAUUUCCAUCAUGUGUCCUUAAGGUGUUAAACUGCUUCUUGGUCGGUAAAAGCAGCUCUUCUUAUCCUCUUAGUAGUAGUUACUGGGUAGCAUUGUUUUGUUACCCAUCAGGAUCCUGCCUUGUUCUGUGAGGUAAGGUCACUGCAGCCUGCAAUCUUCUAAAGGGUUUGUACCGAAUCUGCCUCUAUCCAAACCUGGGAUAAUUUUUUUCUUUUCUUUUAAGUAUUUUCAUUUUUGACAAGGUAUGGAAUGCUGUUACAAACAUCAUCUGCAGUAAAUCAUAUAAAUGUGUUGGUCCACUUAGCAUUUCAAAUCUGUCUAGAAUUACUUCUUCAUAAAUUGUAAGUGGAAAAACUGUUCAUCUUUAUUCAAAACGUGAUAAAGGCCUAUGUUCUGUCAUUCUGAUACAAUUUACUGUGAAUAAGCCCCUAUACUGCGAGGAAGCAUUAUUUUUUAAAUUUAUUUAGUAAUAAAUAUAUUCCUCCAGAAAAGUUGGUUAGAAUGAGAAUCUUCAGUGUAUUAAGUCUCAAUUAAAAUAAUAGUUUACUUAUAGUGCAUAAAGCACAGGGUAUUUAAUACUUACACUGCCCUAUGUAGCAGGAACCCAGGGAAAUAUUUUACUCUCCAAAAUCCUCCCCCACACCCCCCAUUAAGGCGUUAGUUAAAACAGAAACCGUUUUGUUUCUGCAGGCAGACGUCAAGAAAGUAACCAGGUUAUGGUAUAUUCUGCUCUUCAGGUGCCCAAUGAUGAAUGAGGCCAAAACAUGCUGCCAUGCAGCUACGAAUGGACAUUACAACCGAGACGCCAUCAAAGUGCUCCUCAAUCCCAGAAGCUGGCUCCUUUUUCUACACCUUCUCAGACGAAAAGGACUUUCCAGUUUUUGUCUCUGGUUCCACCCGUCCCACAUGCCGGCACUGGGCCUACUCAGGCUGCUGGGGGCAAUCUGGAAUUGCUCCUGCGAUAAUCCAGAACAGCAUAACUUUAUUUUCUUCUUUUCAAACACACGUGCCGUCCCCAUCACGGGAUCUUGAACAAGUCUGCAGCUUUCUCGUUUUGGUUGUUCUUUCUAGCCAAGUCUAGCGUUUGGCUAAGAUCCGUUUCCCUUCCCACCUUGGAGGCAUGGUUUAUCCUAAAAUGGUUAAAGGGUGAUGGAGCCUUGUAUAUUUGGUGGACCUGUCCCCGUAAACGUGAGUCAGUCUAAAUUUUUUUUUUUCUUCUUCUCCUCACUCAGAACUGUCAGAUGCUCCUCAGGGACUGGGAGUGAAUAUAAACACAUAGAAUCACUGCAAUUUGAAGCUUCCUUGUCUGCCAUUUCCUUGUGUGUGUGUGUGUGUUUCAUUUUUAUUUUUUCUUGCCUCUUUGUGUAGAGAAUAAUACCACACUGUGGCAGAGAGGGCAACACUACAAUCUGGUUAUUGGAUUUCUGGUACAGUUUCUGUACUAAGGAUCCUCUUGCAAAUGUGAAAUGUGUAUCUAAAAUACUGCAGCUUUGUUGCGUACCUCGCUAACCUAAAUCCACUUCUUGAAGGAUAUCACUGCCCAAUCAGUGAGCGGCGCUGUUGGAAGUGACCAAAACAAAACUCUUUGGGGCUGUGAGGGUAAUACAAUAUGCAACCUCUGUCCUUAAUGUAUGACAUUAUCUUAGUAAGCCCACCCUGAGGACAGAGGAUACUGAGCAGCAGUGCCUUAUAGCAGCAUUAGACAACUUCUACCAUUCCAGACGUUGUUUGCUCCAUCUCCUGUGACGCUCCACCAGCCAAAAGCAUGGGAGAUGUAGUUCACAGUAUCUAGAUUUGCAGAGACUGCAACACUGUAGCUCUUAACAAGCCAGCGAUCCUGUUGGGAGUUGAGGGAUGGGUUUCCACCCCCUUCCUGUUUUGAAGGCCUUAUGUUUAGUUAGAAUGUAACUUGAUACAAACUUGGGGAAUAGACCAAGCUGGAUGGUUGAUAAGACAGCAUUCUUAGCAAGUAUCUAGAAGAGUUUGCAUAUUUUGAUAUCAGAAGAAUGUGUUGGAGUUAUUCCUGCAUAGGUUGAUGCUAGGAUACAAGCCCCUAUUUGAUCCUACUAGACAUUUCUUGGCUAUUACAUUUAUAGUUAAAACUCCUGAAUAACUAAAUGUUUGGAUUUGGUUUGGGUUACACAUUGUCAUCCUCAUUUGUAAAUUCGCUCCUCUCUGCAGAUAGGUUUGGGAUGCUCUGGGAUAACUGGAAAUUAACCCCUGCUGCUGCAUGGACAGUGUUGCAUAGCGAUUGGAAUAGAUCACAGCCUGCCAGCAUUAAUGGGGUUAGCAAUGAAUUCCCGAGAACGCACAAAGAGACCGGAUAUGUCCUCAGCCAUUCAUUCUUACUAUGCAUUGCAGGGAGAGGGUUAAAACCAACUUACAUGGCAGUGUGCAAUUUGAUGAUUAACAGCAGUUGUAUCCUAAUAAAUAAAAAUUUAACAACGAACUACCAAUGUUUUUACUGCCCUGCAAUACAUUUCUCCAAUAAAACAAGUAUGGUUUUACAUUUUAUAA